GUCUCCUCAAAAGGUCUCCCACAGUUAAUAAACUGCGAGCAAAAGCUAAAGAAGCCACCCACAGGCCACAGCCUAUUUUGCCUUCUUGCAGUCGACUCGCGGGCCGCGGCAUUUCACCCUGAAAGAGAUAGACAUGGCGACGGCGGAUUCUCCAAACCCCUCCAAUUCCGACGUUGAUCUCCCUGAUUCCAAUGAAAACCCAACUCCUUAUUCCUCAUCCUCCACUGACUCCUUGGUUCCCAUUCAACCUCCCUCCUCCGCCGUCAUCCCCGCCAGUCCUGCCGUCUGCCUCCUCGGAUUCGCUAGCGAGGCCGCCGGCGGCGCGUUGAUGGGCUCCAUCUUCGGUUUUGGUUCUGGAUUAUUUAGGAAGAAAGGUUUUAAGGGAUCUCUCGGGGAGGCAGGUUCUCAUGCAAAGACGUUUGCUGUUUUGUCUGGAGUGCACAGCCUGGUCAUAUGCUUUCUGAAGAGGAUUCGUGGGAAGGAUGAUGUCAUCAAUGCUGGUGUUGCUGGAUGUUGCACGGGUCUUGCUUUAAGCUUCCCAGGUGCACCUCAGGCUAUGUUGCAGAGUUGUGUCACAUUUGGAGCCUUCUCGUUCAUCGUCGAAGGGAUGAACAGGAAGCAAACAGCACUUGCUCAUCCAAUUAGUAACAUGAGCAGCACAAGACUUGACAACCAUCGCCUGCCUCGAUCCCUUAUGCUCCCCCUCUCAGUUCCGCUUCCAGAAGACCUAAGCAAGGCCUUCUCUUUCUUCUGUGAUUCCUUGAGGAAACCGAAGCGCCGCAUCAAAUCUCCGAGGCCUGGACCCUGGAGUGCUUGAACACUCGUAAACCGAGAGUCUAGGACAAUGUAUGAUUGAUGAAUGAGCCUUGAAACUAAGACGGACUAAAGACUCGAAUGCUAUCACCUCUCUGGUAUCAGAUCCCAACCGAGUCCUGAGGGUUUUAGUCAUAUAAGUUUUCUAGAAUUUUGAAAGCUGUCCCUUUUCCCUCUUUUGUAGAUAUAGUUUUGUUCAUGUGUAUCGAUCAUCAGUGACUCUGCUGCACAAUGUUCCUUGCAAAGUACACUAUUUCGUUUUGACAUUCGAAAACGAACCCUCAUUUGUUCCUCAAGAGUGAUGUUUAUCUCUCUCUCAAAUUCUAACUCUUUCUACCUCAUUUGCCCAAACAAGAUUUGAAAGAACUUAACAAAUGAUUGUCGAGGUGGUAGGAGCUAUCUCCAACCGCAUAAAUUGGUUACUAUUUAAUAAUCCUGGUUGGAAAUUGGUCACUCAUCUGUUUGCUCUUCACAAUUCCAAAUCAGAAUAGGUACUUCCUUCAGUUCAAAAAAGAACAUCAGAAAAGAAAAAAAAAGAAUAGAUGCUUCCUGAGACUAGCCAAAGAU